UCUCGCCGAAUUUUCCUUUCCUCUUUCUGUUCAACGUCACGACGACAAGACCACGGCAUCAUCAGUCGCAAUGGCCUCCACCAAGACCGAGAAAACCGGCCUGGCUGCCGGUCUUAACAAGGGCCACAAGACCACCGCCCGCGUGAGCAAGCCGCGCGUGAGCCGCACCAAGGGCCACCUCAGCAAGCGGACCGCCUUUGUUCGUGACCUCGUCAAGGAGGUUGCCGGCCUUGCUCCCUACGAGCGCCGCAUCAUCGAACUUCUCCGCAACAGCAAGGACAAGCGCGCCCGUAAGCUCGCCAAGAAGAAGCUUGGCACUUUCGGCCGCGCCAAGGCGAAGGUCGAGGACAUGACCCGUGUCAUUGCCGAGUCUCGUCGUGCCCACUAAGCGCCGCAUCGCUUGGGGCAGAUGCCGGGGUGGACAUCGAGGGAUCUGAUGACGGAUUCUGGGGAUAUGAUGGCUAUAUGGAAGGUUGUUACCCUUCCGGCAUCGUUUUCACAUCGCUCCUAGAGCAGGAUAGCUAUGGGCCAGAAUCGACCUCGCGGUUGCCUUCGGUGAAGUGGUUUUAACUUGGUUGGCCCUUGUGACCUGAUGAUCCAUACUGUGAACCCAGUAUUAGGUAGCUCGCCAAAGUGAGUUCGCUAAGUAUCUGACCACAAUUCUCGAC